AUGGCUAUAUCUAUCGUUACCAAAUGUUGCGCUCAGGGACUAAUGCAGCGCGUAUUUACCAUCAUCCCGUCUGCAUCUUUCCGCAACCUGUCUUCACAGCUAGAGAAUUCCAUAGUUAAUGUUUCGUGGCUCCUCCGUGUCUCCGCCACAGAAAGCGGAGAUGAGUAUUUGGGCCUUCCUCCUAUUGCCGCUAAUGAACCUAUAUUGUGUUUUAUUUGGGAACUUAUAGCGAUUUUAUAUACUGGUUCGGUCAAUGAUCGAUCUGAAGCUGCUGCAUCAUUGACUUCACUAGCUAAGGACAAUCAUCGGAAUGGAAAAUUGAUCGUUGAAGAAGGUGGAGUUGGACCAUUGUUGAAAUUAUUGAAAGAAGGAAAAUUGGAAGGUCAGGAGAAUGCUGCAAAGGCAAUUGGACUAUUAGGACGUGACAUUGAAAGCGUCGAACACAUGGUGCAUCUUGGUGUAUGCUCAGUGUUUGUGAAAAUCCUCAAAGAAGGUUCAAUGAAAGUUCAGGCUGUAGUGGCUUGGGCAGUUUCUGAACUUUCUGCAAAUUACCCAAAAUGUCAGGAUCUCUUUCAUCAGCAUAAUAUAAUUAGAUUACUUGUUAGCCAUCUCGCCUUUGAGACAGUCCAGGAGCAUAGCAAGUAUGCUAUAGCUAGCAAAGCCACGUCGAUUCAUGCUGUCGUUUUUGCUAGUAAUAAUAAUAAUAGGGGUAGUGUGACUAGUGUGCACAAGGUGAAUGAUAAUAAUGAUGAUGUAAACCAUCACCAUCAGCACAGUGUUUCUACUACAGGGGUAAGUAGUAAAGGGCGAGAACUCGAGGAGUCUGCUACUAAGGAUUAUAUGAAGGCAAUGGCUGCAAGAGCUCUAUGGAAACUAGCCAAGGGAAAUUCAUCUAUUUGCCGUAGCAUUACUGAAUCAAGAGCACUGCUUUGCUUUGCAGUGCUGUUAGAGAAUGGGACUGAAGAUAUUCAGUACAAUUCAGCUAUGGCAGUAAAGGAAAUCACAGCUGUGGCGGAGCAAGAUUCUGAUUUGAGAAAGUCAGCAUUCAAGCCUAAUUCGCCCGCUUGCAAAGCUCUUGUUGAUCAACUU